AUGUCCUACAACUCCUCCGACGACGAGCGGGCUCCUAUCGCCGGACCAUCCCGACCGCGCUUCACCGGCUGGCUUACUAUGGCCCCCGACGUCGAUGCCGUCGCUGCACCUCCGCCAGUUGCCGCACAUGCAGCCGCAGCUCCCGCAAAGGCUGCGUCCGGCCCAGUCUCACCCUCGCGACACGCGCCAUCUACCCACGGCUUCGCCAUGGUGCCCCAGGCGAUGCCCGCAUCCAAGAAGCAGAGGCGCAUCGCAUCUUUCCAGAUCGGCACGCCCGACGACUCACUGGCGUCUUCGCCCACCGGCAGCAUCGACAGCCAGAAGAGUGACCGCUCCGGCCAAUCCGACGACUCCGACGACCCCCUCUUCGACGUGCGCGCAUCCUUUGCACCCAUGCCCGCCUACGGCAAGGCCAAGUCCGGCCCGCCCAAGCUCAACGGCGGCGGCGGCAUCACUUACGGUGGGCUCGAGUGGAAGGGCAAGACGGUCCACGCCGUCGAGCAGGAGAUGGAGCAGCUCGGCGAUCAGGCCUUGUUGAGCCACGCCCCCGAUGCCACCUACCUCGCGUCACGCCUCGAGGGGCUCAAGCGCAACCUCGAGAUCGAGGCUUUCCAACCGCGCUGGAUCGGCGACGACGACGCGUACUCGCGCUCGAUCGAGGCCGAUGCCGCUUCACCCAGCCGAUCCUCUGGCUUGUUGCCGGGCGGGCUCGCGCGGCCCAUUGCCAUCUCGAGCCUGUCUGACCGCCUCGAGCGGGAUUCAGCUGCCCUCCGGUGCGACGACCAAGACAUGGCGAACGCGCUCGAAGGCAUGCCGCCGCUCUCGCACAACCCCUCGGCGCCCGUGUCCAACGCGUCCUCGGUCAGCUUGGUCGACGAGCCGGAGAUCGACGACCUCCCCAUGGACUACGGCUUCGAAUACGACGCCGCGCCGGAACGCGAUCCGGCGGCACCGCUGCCCGUCGAGAUCGUCUCUCCAGAGGUUCCGCAGCUGCCGACGCUCAGCGCGCCUCUCAGCUCCGCCGCCAAAGCGGCCGCCCUGGACGCUCGCAUCGAGAUCCGAGCACUACGACGGACCGACCUGGAGCAAGUACGGGAGUUGCACGUCUUCCACGGCGAUGCAGACCGGAGUCCGGACCAGGGGGAAAAUUACACGACGACGGCGUCGUUCUUGCUGCGGCUUCUCGUCGACGACCGGCACGUCUGCCUCGUCGCCGUGGCCAAGCCUAUCCCAGAGCCCGCCGACCCGCUACCCAGCGCAUCGGCGCUCAACCUGGCGCGCCAGUCCAACGCACCCUACAGCUCGAGCCCCUCGUCGCACCUCGGCGCUUCAGCAGCCGCUGGAGGAUCUGGGAUCGCCUCGGCGGCGUUGGCGCCUCGCUCUCUGUCCUCGGGCGCGUCGUCGUCGCUGCUCGACAGCGGUGCAGGCACGCCCGUCGACAGCCUCUUCUCUGCAGCCAUGCACCGCCGUGGAGGCGCACCCACCGACGUUACCGGUGCCACCUCGGUCACCGGCGACCACCUGGCAGAGGCACAGGACAAGGCUGACGGAGCGUCCCACGACCUUCCCGGUCCCACCGAGUCGCUCGCCCCGCCCAGCGUGGUGCGCGUCAUGGCCGCCCCGCCGCCCAAGGGAUCCACGGCCCACCUGCAGACGGAUACGAUUGUCGGCGUCGUCUCGGCCCAGAUCGCCACGGUCCAGGCGCCCGUCGAGGAGACGCUGUGGUCGCACGACGAAAAGAUGCAGCAGGCGCUCGGAGCUCGCUCUGACGGUGCCACCGCCGUUCCGAAGCGAGCGGCGGUCGAGGCGCACCUCCUCACCCUCGCCGUAAACCCCUCGGAGCGCUCGCAGGGCAUCGGCGCAAAGAUGCUCGACUGCCUCGUCGCAGAGUGCCACUACCGCGCCACAACCCUCGUCGCCAAGCACAGGCACAAGCACACCUCGCCCACCCUCAACCCGUCGACGGCCGCGACGCUCAGGACCUACCUCGAAGUCCACCCGAGCAACCACCACGCCCUCGACCUCUACCGGUCCAAGGGCUUCACCCGCGCCCCCGGCGAGCGCGGCACCCGCAGGAACUUUUACCGCGGCGACACCAGGAUCCCGCUCUCGGAACGCGUAAAGAGCGGCGGCACCGACGCCUGGGUCCUCGAGCGCUUCGUCGAUUGA